CGCGCGCGCGCGCGCACUGCUCUCCUCGCCCCACCACGCCCAUCGCGCGCUCGGUAACUACUGUUACUACUCCCCCCACGCUCAUUCACGCAUUUCGUCGAACAGCAUAAGGACAACGAUGCAUCGCUCCCUCUUCUUCUCUCUUCUCCUCUCCCUUCCGAGCUCCUAACUCCUCUCCAAUGUCUCUCACUCAUCCCAACCUCAUCCUCGCCAUCCCCCCAAAGCCUAAGCUCCCCCCUUCCCUCAUCCUCUUCCCUCCCUCCCGCCUCCGCUGCCGCGCUGCGUCUGAGGCCUCCGGUGCUGCCUCAACUCCAGAUUGGUUUAGCCCUAAAGAAAACCGCGCUCCUGGAGUCAGAGCCAACGCCAACGCCGGUGAUGAGAGCAAGAACAAUAACGGUAAGAAGAAGAAAUGGUGGUGGUGGUCGAGGAACAGAGAGAGCUACCUCGCUAAUGACUCUGAUGCCCUUCCUCUUCCCAUGACAUUCCCGGGUACCUCCCCUGUUUCUCCGGAGGAGAUUGAUCGGCGCCUCCAAUGCGACCCUGAAAUUGAGGAUUGUAAGGAAGUGGUUUAUGAGUGGACGGGGAAAUGUAGGAGUUGCCAAGGGACUGGUUUUGUUAGCUAUUAUAGCAAGAAGGGGCGGGAGACCAUCUGCAAGUGCGUUCCUUGCAUGGGAAUUGGAUAUGUGCAGAAAAUUACGACCCGCAAGGACAUUGAUGUGAUGGAGGAUCUAGACAAUGGAUAACCACCUUGAUCUCAUUGUUCCUUUCUGACAGGCAUUGCUUUUUUUCAUUUAGCGGCCUGCAUCCUGAUUGUAU